AAGGCCCGGAAAUCCCAGUUGGCCCAGUGAGAGUGGGGCUGUGGUGCUGGGCGAGAUGCGGGGCAAGGACGAUGAGUACGAUUAUCUCUUCAAAGUUGUACUCAUUGGGGACUCGGGGGUGGGGAAGAGCAACCUCCUCUCACGCUUCACCCGCAAUGAGUUCAACCUGGAGAGCAAGAGCACCAUCGGGGUGGAGUUUGCCACGAGGAGCAUCCAGGUGGACAACAAGACAGUGAAGGCUCAGAUCUGGGACACGGCCGGGCAGGAGCGGUACCGGGCCAUCACCUCAGCGUACUACCGGGGGGCAGUGGGAGCUCUGCUCGUCUAUGACAUCGCCAAGUACCUGACGUAUGAGAAUGCAGAGCGCUGGCUGAAGGAGCUGCAGGACCACGCUGAUGCCAACAUUGUCAUCAUGCUGGUGGGCAACAAGAGUGACCUGCGGCACCUGCGGGCUGUGCCCACCGAUGAGGCCAGGAGCUUCGCAGAGAAGAACGGGCUGUCCUUCCUUGAGACAUCUGCUCUGGACUCCACCAAUGUGGAGACAGCUUUCCACAACAUCCUCUCAGAGAUCUACCGCAUCGUGUCCCAGAGGCAGAUCACGGGCCAGCCAGAGUCCGAGUUUGGCCCCUCCAGCACCAUCGAGCCCAUCCGGGUGCUGCCCACGCAGCAGGAGGGCCGGCAGGCACCCUGCUGCCAGAACAUCUGAGCCCUGGGGUGCCCCCACUUUGACCCCCCACCACCCAGCACUUGGUGGCAUCAUGUCUCACCCUCUACCUCUGCCCACCACAGCUCCCCGAGCAGGGCAGGCUGGUGGCUGCUUUUGUGUGCACCAUCAUCCUGCUCGUGUGCUGCUCCAUGUGUUUAUGAAGGACCAACAAAAACAGAGGGGGGAGCCAAAGGAUCAGGGUGUCUCCCCUCUCUCCCCAAGGUUGGGAGCAUGCCAUCCCCUGUGUCCCUGCUCCCUUUAGCCCUGCAGGCACAGUCACUGGGUGACUGGGUGGCACUGAACAAGCCCAAACAUGGAGAGUCCCUGUUUGGUGACGCCCUGUGUGCAGCCCUGUGGGAUGGGUGUGGAGGGGGACACCACUGGGUGCAUCCUUCUCCCGCCUGGUGAAACCCGCAGUGAUGUGGCCAAUUGUGCCCAGCCCUGUCCCUGCAGCACCGAGAGCUGGGAGUGCCUGUGGGUGCUGCUGGGGCCAUCCGGGGUGGGGUGUGGGGGUGAUGCUGCUCUUGUGUUGUGACCCCCACCCUGUGGCAUGACCCCAGCAAAGGGAAAAGCUGUGACUCUUCCAUGGAAAGAGAUGGGAGCAGGGCCUGGGCGACCUUGUCCUUUGGGAAGCCCUGAGG